UGUCCUCCGCGACAUAUCCUCAAUAUUUGCUUCUCUCAGCGUGCAUCCUAUACUACUGCGGAGUAUAUUUAUAGUCAGUACCCUGUUAAAAAAGAGCAUUUCUUCAGUAAUCGAGAGAUAUCUUGUCCGAGGUCUCUGUUGAUUUUUUUGUUUCUCAUUCUCCAUUGGUUUGCCAUGGAUAGUGCAACAGGGUUGACCAUCAAGAGUUUUGUAUUUCUUGAUUUCGAGACCAGUCACCUGCACCCUACCGAUCGCCCUAAAAUCAUUGAACUUAGUUUAAUUGCCAUCAACCGUGCUGGUCUUCUUGACCCAGACGUACACACGUCUUUGAAUCUUGCCAAGAAUCACGAGAAAUCUACAUUUGACUUUUCCAAGGUUUCGUUACCAAGAAUUGUUGAUAAGCUGACGCUGUGUAUGGACCCAGGAAAGUACACAAGUGCAGAUUCUGCUCGUCUCACCAAGUUGGACAAGGACAAACUCGAUAGCAACAAGAAGUUGCCGUUUGAUGAAGGUGUGGUCACCAUGCUCAACAUAUUCUUGAGUCGGCAGGAUCAACCGGUUUGCCUGGUUGCACACAACGGGAUGAGAUUCGACUUUCCGAUACUGAGAUCAGAACUGUCAGGUCUGACUACGGGAGACCCCCCUGCAGAACUUUAUUGCUUGGACACCUUAAAGGGAUUCAGAGCAGGAUUUGCAACGGAGACCCAGGGAGUAAAGGAGAAUGCAGAGAAAAUAAUUUCAAAACAAAAUUCUACUACUGCAUGGAAAAGGAAAUUGUCUGAUCUGGAAUGCUCACCCCGUCCCAAACGUCAACGGAUCUCCUACACUCUUGCGAAUAUCUUCAAGAGGACAUUCGAGAGGGAACCACCUCACUCACAUUCUGCAGAAGAUGACGUGGUGUCUCUGAUCAAGGUAUUGCUUCCAGUGAUAUCUGACUUCGUGUCUUGGGCUGAUGAAAACGCUUCACCUUUCAAGGAUUGCAAACUGUAUUAUGCCAACCAGCCAGUCUUGUAGUCGAGUAGUUUCGGUGGUAGGAGGUCGAUCGAGUCCGGCUUCAAGUCAAAAUGGCCAUGAUGACCCAGGUCCAACUGAAAGUCCAAGUUCAAGUCAGCAUAUGCUGAGACUGAUGAUGAUCAAGUCCUAGUUUCAGUCAGCAAUGAACGUGUCCGAUUUUAACAUAAUUAUGAAAUCUGUUGAUUACUCUUGACAGUUUAACACUUUGAAAUCAUACCACAUAAUAUAUUCUCCGAAUCAACAAUCGCUUCAAAAUAAACAGUAAUUACUAAUUGAUACCCCAAUAAUAAUGAUAAGGAAAGAAUAAAGAGAAAGCUUUAAUAACUUUGAUAGGGUUAUAGUUAGGACUCGUUUGCAAUCAUCUAAU